AAAGAACCAUCAGUCAUCAGCCUGCAAAUCCACACCACUGAAAACCCGGGCGGCUCUCCGGUGGUCGGCAGCGAGAUGACGGACCGCCGGCGGCCAGAUGGGAGCUACGGGCCGGAGUACGGCCCUUUGCCCCCUGAGCAUGAAUACGCCAUGUACCGUCACUUGUCGUCCAGGAGGAGGGCCCCUUGGCCUCUGCAGCAUGGGGAUGAGGAUUACCCUGGGAGGAUAUUGGAGCAGAGAUUGAGAAGGGAACCUUUUGGACUUUCCAGGCACCCUCUGCAACCAUAUGCACCAUUCCGAAUCCACCAUGCCAAUGGCGGUGGCAGCAGCGGUGUGACCGCAAACCCAAGACACAGGCGAGAGGACCCUGGACUAACUGAUGAGGAGUUCAGGGAGGCCAUGGAUCAGCUCAGGAAGCAGGAAUACAGGCCCUCAAACCCUCAGAAGAAGAGACAUUAUCGAACCAGGAGUGCAAGAGCUGAGGCGCCACCAGCAGUCACAGAAGAGGAGAAGGCCUGCACCAUAUGCCUGGAGACAUUCCUGGCUGGAGAGCAGGUUGUGGUCACGCCCUGCAACCACAUGUUCCACCAGGGGUGCAUCACCCCCUGGGUGAAGGGGCACGGCACCUGCCCCGUGUGCCGGUCUGCACUCUGCGAGAGGAGGAAUGCCGUCGCAGGGAACAUCAACAGCAGCAACGACGGCGAAGAUGGUGCGCUGGAUCUGGACCUGCUGGCGAUGAUGAGGGCCAUGGAGGAGGCCUUCAGCCGGGUCAGGCUCUCUGAUUUCAUGUCAUACAACCACUAGGCGAAUCGGCAUCAGGACAUGAACAUGUAACAUUCCAGAUCUACCAGCACCAGCACAUUAUAAUCCGGUUUCGUGAGAUUCCGGCGCCAUCAGACAUCUGGCAAUAAUGUAAUCUGGCAUAAGAUACUUCCAUCGUGAUUUGCUGCUUA